GAAGGCGCGCAUGCGCAGUAUCAAUCAGGAGCCUAAAGGCGGAAGUGAGUGGCUGUGCUUCAGUGAAGCGUGUUAUGAAGAUUUUAGAGAGUGGUUUUAGUUUAGUGUUUGCUGCGUUAACUGUGUCAGUCGCUAUAAUUGCGGCGGUUUUAUACUGCAUGGAGGAUUCAGCAGAGUCUGUGGAGUAUAAAGGGAUGGAUGUGGCUGCAUUAGAGGAAAACUUCAGACCAAAGAAUAAAAGUUGUUUUAUUCUUGGUGCUUCUGGAGAGACAGGAAAAGUUCUGUUAAAGGAAAUCGUGCAGCGUAAUAUUUUCACCAAAGUUACUCUGAUUGGGCGACGACAGUUGAGCUUUGAGGAUAAAGCUUAUGAAAAUGUGGUACAGGAAGUGGUGGAUUUUGAGAAACUGGAUGAAUAUGCCCAAGCGUUUCAGGGUCACGAUGUUGGAUACUGCUGUCUUGGAACAACCAGAAAGAAAGUUGGAGCUGAGGGAUUUGUCCGUGUGGAUCAUGACUACGUACUGAAAUCAGCAGAGCUAGCCAAAGCCGGUGGUUGCACACACUUCCACCUGGAGUCAUCUAAAGGAGCCGACAAAACCAGCAAUUUCCUUUAUCUGAAAACCAAAGGCCAAGUUGAAGCGGAUGUAGAGGAGCUGGGCUUUGAGCGAUACUCCAUCUACAGACCUGCAGUGCUCUUGGUGAACAGAGAGGAGAGCAGACCAUUCGAAUGGGUGGCACGCAAAUUUCUUGGAGCUUUCUCUUCCGCGUUCCCCACAGCGAUGUCCAUCCCCAUCACCGCCGUGGCUCGAGCCAUGGUGAUCAACACGCUCAUCGAGGGAGAGAGAAAGACCGAGAUCCUUGAAAACGUAGCCAUUUAUAACCUCGGCAAGGUCGAGGAAAAACGUUAAGCUGAGGAUUGUUCAAAUCUCAUGUGUCAAGGGCAAUCGUUGCUUUAACUUCUAACUUCAUAAAGGGAUGUUUGGUGAUUUUGUUGAUGUUCUUUUCAGGGACUUUAAAUUGUCUUGUGUAAAAACCUAAGGGAUCUUUCUGUUCAUCUGUGAGCCUUUAACAGCUGGGAGUUUUCCUUAAGGGCUUGUGUUCAAGAGAACGGGUCAGAGAAUUUCAAAUGCAAUCUUUUUUUUUUUUUUGAACUUGUAAAGUCAUCGAGUUCAUUCCAAAGGUUGUGUGGUUGAGGAUGGUGCACGCAGAACCCCUAUAAUACAGUUUCCAUAAGAAGCUGUUGGUCAUUAGCAUAUGAAAUGGUUAAAUCAUGACCGAGGACCCAGGGACGAUAAACACCUAAACUCUCCAGGGCCCUGUAUUACGAAGCGGGUUUUCUGGCUUACCAGGGUAACUUCGAGAGUAACUUGAUCACGUGCAGCGUAACUUCCCGAUUAACCCAUACUACAAAAGUUGGCUAUGUUCAAACCGAGGUAUGCUGCCAUGGCAACUUACGCUGCAUCUCAAACCUGCUCGUCUCAGGUUAUGUUCUUGGUUAACCUGAGGUUUCCGAUUAACCACACCCUUUUUAAACACCACCUCUCCACCGACAUUUCCUCUAGAGACAAUGCCAGCGUACCUGGAUGACCCGUGCGAUAUCGGAGCGCAGAUUAGAGAUGGGAUUUAUGGCUCUUUGAUGGGAUCCGUUCUUUGAAAAGAGCCGUUCAAAAGACUGGCUCAUUUGACUCUUUUUAAAUAUUUAUUCAGUUUUAAGAAGACAGCGUCUAAAGAAGCCAGAUCCCUCUGCUUAGACAGUGACAAUAUUUCUGGACAUACCUUUUAUAUAAAGCAACCUAGACUUACAUUAUUGUAACCCCUAAACGCUCAUAAAUAACCAUUAAAAAAACAAUGAGGGCUUCAAUGAAUGUCCAUGCAGAACGGCUUUUCUGUAAAAAAAAAAAAAAAAGAACCCACUCAAGAACAUAGUUAUCAAGAACGCAAGAAUAUUUUAUAGAAAAACACUUGUUUUACAAAAAUAUUUAAGUCUGAGAUAUAAAAUAGAUACAACUACAAUAAAUAUAACACAAGAACAUUUUAAUAGAAAAAAACUUAUAUUAAAAAUAUUGAAAUUGUAACAAAAAUAGAUACAACUAAACAGUCAGAUAAAUAGAUAAAGUUAUAACAAGAACACAAGAUUAUUUUAAUAGGAAAAAAACAAUUAAUGCAAAAAAUAUAUUAUUAGAAAAAUAGAUACAACUAGACAAACAGAUAAAUAAAUAAAAUACACAAAAAUAGAACAAACAAAAUGACGAUAGAAUAAAUUAAAUGAACGUCCGUGCAAAGUAGUUUUCCCACAAUAUUAUCAUUAAUAUCACACAACAACAUUAUAAACUAUAUACAAAACAAUUUGAACUAUUAGGCAAACAGAUAAAACUUGAAUAAAUAAAAGGCAAAUGCUGUUUAGCCUACUUCUUGUCCUUGGGCAAAAGCUUUUUCAUCUGAAACACAGUACAGAAAAAGAACGACACACACUUACCAUUAUGAAUGAUGUUUUUAUAUUUCAUUUUCACCUGUUGCCAGGUGCGUUUGGCACUGCUGUUGCCUCAGAAAUGUUCACAGGACAUACACCAACUUAGUCAAAGGGACUGAACAGUCAGUCAUCCUAAUUCAUGUGACUCUGUGCACAGAUCAGCUUAAGUAGGCUACUCCAUGAAUUUACCAUACCAAAUUUUAUUCAGGAUUUUUCGGACAUUAAACAAGCUAUAUAUGACUGGGGCCACGUCGAAGGACCAUUUUCUGUGACUUGUGAUUGAUCAUGAAGCUUUCUCUCAUCCUAUAGUUACUUCUGUUCUGGAACAUGUAGAAGGGAGAAUGUACUUGCGCAUUUACCCGAUCGGCAAUUCGUUGCCAACAUGCUUGCCGCUCCUUAUUGGCAGCCGCUGUGUUAGAUUUUGCUCUUAAUGUUGUUUUGAACUCCUCGUAGCUUUGCAUUAUGACAGCGCAUUCUUCCUCCGUGAAGUACGGCGACCGUGCCAUUGUGAAUAGUGGUGAUUUGUGCUGAUAACCUCCCCUUUAACGUGAACGCGCAUUAACCCUGAUUAGGUUAAACCAGGUUCAACAAAUCAACUUCGUAACUGGCGUCAUAGUACCGUUUAACCCCAAACAAGAUAACCAGUUUUUGUCAACCCCGGUUUAGCGGGGGAACCCUGGGUUACUUCUGGGUAGGUUAACCUCCGUUCGUAGUACAGGGCCCUGAUGUGUUCAUACAGAUAGCGUUAGUUAUGUUUGUAAACUGACUCUCUGCUUGCAGGUACUCAAUAUGAUGUACACCUUCAGUGCAUUAUGGGUAACACACACCCACGGGAACAGAACAUGAACCCUUAAGCAUAAAUAAUCGCUUUUCAGAGUCUUGCUAGAAUGAAUUCUGUGUUCUAGCAUUUGGGACAGGGUGUGUAAUGGUACUACUGUUUGUUGUUUUAAUAAAUCAGGGACUCAGUAUGUGUGUCUAUAAUUACUGAUAUAAUUACACAGAAUUUUGGUGUUUCUUUGUGCAUUAAAUAUUAACAGGUCAUGCAACAUCAAUAAAACUGACAAAAAUGA